AAACCUGGAUGACCUGCAACUUCCUGAUGUUAAACUCAGACAAAACUGAAGUUAUUAUAUUGGGCCCUGAACCGCAGCAUACAACUAAUAAGGGAAUCAAGAUGGCCACAUUUUUCAUGAUCUUUUUACCUGAAUGAUUUUUUGAUUUUCAUGUUGGACUGUCCCUCCACUCCUCUCUCUAAUAAAUUGUUUUGGUAGCCUCUCUCGUAGCCUUUUUUUCCUUAAAUCUCUUCCCUUAAUUGGAAUUGCCAAAGACAAGUUAACCUACAUGGGCUUGUUUAUUCCGGUAAAAACUAUGCUCUUAUUUAAUAACAUUUUUUGUAUCCAGGUAGAGGAACUAAAGAAAAAUAUACAUUUUUGAGGUUUUUGCACUUUCUGUCAUAGGGCGUAAAAUGCGAUUAAAAUGGUGCUCCUCAGGUUCGUUUACUUCAUUCAAAAAUGUCCAAUCAAGUUUUCGCUGUCAUUCUUGAAAAAAAGAAGCGUGACAGCAAGGCAGCCAAUCGAAACCCCCCAUCUUUAACCAUGUGACUUUAAAAUCCGGAAUAACGACAACAGCUCCGAUCUUUGAUCCCAGUCUCUCAGACAUUCCACAAACAGUUGCAGUAAUGAAGUCUGCUCUGCUACACGUAUCGGUGCCUUUUGUGCUCUGUGUCGCCUGGGCGAACACCAGCCUGUUCGACGAAGUUCAGGUGGACUUGUCGUCUUCCCAUUAUGCUGAAGAAAUGGUUGAUUACCUGCCGGGUUUCCUGGCUAUGCCAUGUAACUGUUUGGUUAACCUGGUUUAUAUCUACAUGGGGCUGUACUGGCUGUUGUGGUUUAGAGGCGUCCAGGAAACGUCGCAGAGCCGGUACAUGAGAGAGGUGUUCGCCCUCAUGGCUGUCUUGUACGGACCUGUGCAGUGGAUACGCCUGGCGCUGCUGCGGCGCGCUCCCGCCGUGCUCGACCAGUGGCUCACCUUACCGAUCUUCGCGUGGGUUCCGGUGUGGAUCACAUUUGUAGAACGCGGGCCAGCGAAGUGGAGCCCGCUGCACGCGGCAGCGCACGAACUGUGCUCUAUCCUCAGCUACGGCCUGGCGCUGGCGCACGAGCGGGGGUUCGAGUUGGCGCUGGGGUGUCACGUCGCCCUCGCGGUGUACAAGGGAGUUCGCGUGCAGCUUGCGCACGGGGACAUUCGCACGCGGAGAUAUCUACUGCUGGCGGUGCUGUCAUGUGCGGGCUUCGUGGUGCUGAAGCUGCUGGAUCACUGGCUCGCUCGGUACCGGCUGUUCCAGCGGCUCACCGGACAUUUCUGGUCCAAAGUGUGUGACGUUCUGCAGUUCCAUUUCAGCUUCUGUUUCCUGACCACACUGACGCAGAGGGCUCAUGGAAAGACAGCAGCACGGCAGGAGUGAGAAACGAGGAGCCCUGACGAUCUUCAAGUAGACGCUUUCAUACAGAAUGUAGUUUGACUCUCAGGCCUGGCAGAUGUUGGUUAUUACAUCACCAACUCAAUGGAAAAAUAUAGCAUGCAACAGAACAGAACAAAAAAACGGUAAAUGUAAGUAUUUCCAGAGUCCUAACAUCCCCAAAGACCACAUAGCCUGCACAAUUUAAUGAAAGUGGUGAUGUGCAAACCUAAUGUUCGAUUUGAAUCAAUAUGCAAAUGGAGCAUUUACUAAAAAGGAAAUGCAUUCACCCAUGUGACCUUCUUCCAUUUUCGAUAACAAAACAUUGUUUUUGUACUGAUGGAUUCAGAUUAUCUGACAUCAUCUGGUAAACCCUCCCACACACUGAAAGGAUUAAGAUCCAAAAGACAUAUGUGUUGACUCUGCCUGUUAUAUAAAUGUGCUGGUCUUAAAUGCACUCAAACAAAUACUAGUAGUAAAUACUCUGGUGCCCAGAGCCAUUUUGGCAGUUACGCACAUUUACCAUAAACCAUAAUUUUAAAUGUUUUGUACUGAAUUGAGCUAUUUACUUGUGAUAAAUGAACUUAUUUUGUACAAACAUACAGAUUGUACAAACGCAACUGUUGUUUUGCUUAAUAUUUUAUAAUACUGAUAUUUUUCCGGGUAUGUGACCAGGGCUUCGAAACUGCGUUCUGAACUUCAAGUUGGGAAAAAGAAUAAAACACUUGACUUGAAUGAAUAAAAUAUUUGAAAAAUCAAAAUAAUUAACACAAAUUUGGGGUAGGAUGUGCACUGAGGGAACAUGAACUCUACUAUUUCCUAAAUCCAGUUGGCAGCCCUGCUUAUGAACUGAAUUGCUAACGUUACACAUGAGAUCCUGUAAAUCAUACAUCUGGUUUACCACACUGACCAUCUUGUCAGUAUAGUGUAGUCAUGUUUAUAGUAAAUCACAUCAGGUAGCCAGAAGACAGUAAAUUGGGCAUGAACAGCAGAGAACAAAAUCAAAUCUCUUGUACUAUAUUCAUUAUUAGUGGCCCACUUAACUUAAUUGCUCCGGGGUCGACAUUUGAGCUAUAGAGCGGGAUAUAAAUAACUGUGGCUAUGGUUUAUGUUUUGAUACAACUUUAAUUGAAAUAUUUUCAACUUUUAGUUGAGUUAUCGCAACAACAACAAAAUGUAGCAAUUAGAAUAUGUAUUUCUUUACUUUCAACAUGCCGAAAAGAAAGAAAAAUGAAAUGGCUUGACUUAUAUAUUAUAGGGAUAACAAAGUAGGAGAAAUAAAAAAACAUGCCAGUAAUGACAUACUGACCUCAGAUAAAUGCAGCUGUUUAUGAGAUGUAUCAUUGCUGGAUUCUUGAUAUUUCUGGGGAAUAAAUGUGGAACACCUCACAUGUUUACACGUCAUGUCUAGUGAUAGAAGUGAGAACAGGCUCUGCCAAUGGUUUCCUUCUGGUCCAUAGUAGGGCCAGGCCCGCCUCCCGGAAGUUCUGAUGGGAGCAGUAAAUAAGAGGGUUCAGACUGCAGUCCAGGUAUGACAUCACUGAUGACAGUGUCCUUAACCAAUCAGGUGCCGGGGACAAAUCCAUCAUACCCAGCAGGAUGAGCUGAUGGAGAGAAAGAAACAAAGUCUAUGAGUGGACAAGUAUGUGUUCACACUUUGGCAUUUACAUCUGGUGUACAUGCAGAUAAAAAAGCUCAUGUAUUGUUCCAUGUGUGCAACUAGUGAGAGAGUCCAUGUGUCACCUCAGAUGCAACAAAGGGGGUGUAGCAGAGCAUGUAGGAGGCCACCAGCAGAGGACUGACUGUAGACAGAUCCGCUUCAUGAUCACUGAGACAAAGAGUACAAGAUGGAGAGAGGAACACAGAAUUUAUAUCCAGUGGUAUGACAGGUAUUUCACCUGUUGCAGCUUGAGCAGCAGCCAGUGGCACUCAGUAGAGAGCAGAAGACAAUGAGGAGGAAGGGGAGGAAGACACAGAUGGAGAAAGCGCAGAGAAUAUAGACCAACAUAUCUGAGUAGCUGUUCUCCCAAAAGACAGCACACAGCAUUUCUGCAGGGUCGUACCUGUGUUAGAGAGAGGACAUGAUGUUGAGUAGAAACAAUAUGUUGACCAUGGAGCACUAAGUGAAAGCAUUAAGCAAGCGUCAUACCUGAUCCAGGCAUAGACAACAGGAACACUCCCAAACACCACCCCUGUCACCCAAGAAGCCAAGCAGGCUGCUACCAUGACAACAAAGAGAGGACUUCUUGUGGAGGCCAUGCCAAUCAGCUGUUGCACACAGAGGACAGCUGUGAAGGAAAACGGACACCCUCAAACUGACUGUUUCAAAGGAAUUAUGGGACUUUUUCCUACUACAAAGGUAUUAAUCAUCUUUGGUAUUAAUACAACAUUGUUACUUUUCUACCACUGUAGUACUGAUGCAAGGACAGUAAUCACGACUAGUUCUGCUUGAGUUAAGUGGUUAGAUGCAUCAGAUGCUAGUGUUCGUAAAUGCAAGAAAGAUUGAUGCUGCUUUCAGUUUUAGCUUGAUUCAAAAAGAGUGCUGUGUUUUCUGGCCUCUUGUCAUCUUUUAUUUUGUAUUGUUCCAUUCAAAUCUCAAAUCUUCUGGGUGCAAAGUGAACUGGUGGCGUACCUAUGCUCCCUAUGGAGGAGGUGAUGAAGGCGAACUUCAGCAGGCUGACAACCUCACACCACGGUGACCUCUGACCUCUUGUCAGCAUGGCCAACAGAGAGCCGGAGAUGAUGAGGAGGGAGCAUCCUUCACAACACAGUGGUUCAUUAUGAGAAAUGAUGACUUCCUGCACUGAAAUUACAUGUCAAACACUGUGACAGAUGUGUUAUUCUAUACUAUAACCAAAAUACUUUACGAGGUGGGUUUGUAAGAUAGUUUGAUAAACCAAUAAUGUCAAUUUCAACAUUUAAUCAUGUGAUGCACUGGCAGUAGUGUCAGUGUAAAUUGUACCUAAAUCUGACAUGGUGAGGCUGAAGAAAGGAAGCCAAUAACGACAGUAGAACUGACCCCUGCACUGAAAAUGAAAGAGAAGAAGAUAAUUGAAUAUAUGAUGAUAUGACACAAAAAUGAGUGAUUACACAAAACCAAAACAUUACGUUGAUUCUGGUCAUUCUGGUCUUCUGUACUUGCAGACAUAACUAACAUGAAUAACAUUUCAAACCAAUAUAAGGAACAACCGUAACACCUUACCAUGACUUUGACCAGCAGAACAAGACAGUUUCCCACAACUCCCAUGAUCAUCUCCAGUCCCAACACAGCCACCAGCAGCCACCUCUCUGCCUCUGGCCAUGGACGUUCCAUGAACACAGUCCCAUUAAACCACUCACUCACUGGAAGAUAAAGAAUACAAAGCAUAUCAGAGUUUAUUAUAGAGUAGCCACCAGCAUGUAGUUGGGGGAAAUCAGAGCUGCUACUGCUGACUGAGGUUUAAUGACAUUUUGAAUACUUGUUCUAACUGUAAUUAGUCACUGGUUGCACAUUAAAAUAAUCACAUUUUUAAAUGGAAAAUUGUGGCUUAUACUGUGUCCAAGCUCUCUUCAUUCCAGAUGUUUGGAGCUGGAUCUUUGUCCUCAAGGAGAUUCUCCUCUUGUCCCUCUCCCCCUGUGUAUGUGUGAUUGUUUCUUUUCUCCUGUGUGAAUGGUGUGCUUGAGUUUUGCUCUUGUGUUGUGCAGUCAGGUUCUAUCUACUUGGACACACAUGAAGUUGCUCAAAGUCCUUAAAGAACAUGUUUUUCAUACAUUUUAAUUUUACUAUGUUGGUCAAUUCUGUACCCGCAACCUCUAUUGCAUGUCUGUCCAGUUCAGGGAAUUCCUCCUCCGGUGCUCUUUCUGAGGUUUCUUCCAUCUUUUCCCAGUUAAAAGAUUUUUUAGAGAGUUUGUCCUGAUCUGAAUCGAGAAUCUAAGGACAGAGGGUGUCGUAUGUUGUACAGAUUGUAAGGCCCCU